CUUCGACCUCCAGACAGAGCCCUUCCUCACCCCCACGGCCAUUAGCAAAUUCAUCAAACUCCGUCGAUCCCCAGAGCAAAAACCAGCAUUAAUGCAGAUAAAUCCUCUGCAACAAGCUGACUGCUGAGAAGUUUCUUGUCUUCUUGAACGAUGUGGAACCUUCAAAACCUGCAGCUCAUGUUGUGCACAGCUCUGAGUUGUGUGAGCAGCGCUGCAGGUUUGAUCCGCGUGUUCGGAUAUGAGGGGAGCGAUGUGACGGUUUCCUGUCCGUAUGAUCCAGGAUAUGAGAGAUACCAGAAGUACCUGUGUAAGAACAGCUGUGGUUACAGUGAUUUUCUUAUCAAAUCAUCACAGGAAAAUAAAACCAAAUACUCCGCUUACGAUGACAAAAGAGCAAGAGUCGUCGCAGUGACCAUCACCGAUCUUCAUUUUGGUGAUGCUGGGGGAUAUUGGUGUGGAGUGACCAGAGCAGGAAAAGAUAUCUACACUGAAGUAAAGCUGGAAGUAAAAGCAGACAGAUGCUGCGACAAAGUGAAUAAAAUCCAAAGUAUUGAGGAAGGUUCAGUGACCAUCAGCUGUCCGUACGACUCUCAGUUUGUCGACAAGCUGAAGUUCCUCUGCAGAGGAAACCGACCCUCCACUUGUCUUCAGCAGGCACUGAUCACCUCUAGCAACACACAAAAUGGACGAUUCAGACUCUCUGAUGACAGGAAGUCAACAAUAUUCACAGUGACCAUUUCCAGUCUGACCCUGGAGGAUUCUGGGUCGUAUCUUUGUGGAGUCCAGAGAAACUCAGGAUUUGAUGAUUUCUCUGCUGUUGAGCUGGAGGUCAAAGAGAAAGGAGAGCAAAAUGCAAGUGGAGAAAAAAAGCUGGAGGAUCUGCCACCAAGCAUCACGGCAGAAGGUGAGAGAGAUCAGGCCACUCACACACGAAGCAGAGAAAGCGGUUUCAGUAAACCUCCGUGUUGCAACAGGAACGUUUAUGAGCAUCAGAGCAGCACAGUGAAAACUAUCAUUACUACCAGACCACCAGCAUCAGAGGAACAGGCUGAAGUGCAUUAUCAUCAGAGCACCACAAUGAAAACUACACCACCACUGGUUUCUGAGGAACUGACUGAAGCACCUGUGAGCAGCGCUGCAGGUUCGAUCCGGGUGUUUGGAUAUGAGGGCGGAGACGUGAACGUUUCCUGCCCCUAUGAUCGGGGAUUCGAGGGUCAUCAGAAAUACCUGUGCAACAACGACUGUCGUUACGGUGAUGUUCUUAUAACAACAUCACAACGAGGAAGAAGUGGAAAAUACUCCAUUCACGAUGAUAAAACAACCAGAGUCUUCACAGUGAUCGUCUCUGACCUUCGUCUUGGUGACGCUGGGAAAUACUGGUGUGGGGUGACAAGAAUAGGAAGAGAUAUCAACACUGAAAGAAAUCUGGAGGUAAAACCAGACAGAUGUUGCAACAACGUGAAUAAAAUCCAAAGUAUUGAGGAAGGUUCAGUGACCAUCAGCUGUCCGUACGACUCUCAGUCUGUCAACAAGCUGAAGUUCCUCUGCAGAGGAAACCGACCCUCCACUUGUCUUCAGCAGGCAGUGAUCACCUCUAGCAACACACAAAAUGGACGAUUCAGACUCUCUGAUGACAGGAAGUCAACAAUAUUCACAGUGACCAUUUCCAGUCUGACCCUGGAGGAUUCUGGGUCGUAUCUUUGUGGAGUCCAGAGAAACUCAGGAUUUGAUGAUUUCUCUGCUGUUGAGCUGGAGGUCAAAGAGUGGUGCUGUGUGGAGUCAAAGAACAUGAGUGGCAUUGUGGGACGUGCUGUAACCUUCCAAUGUCCUUAUCCACAUCAUCAUCGUAACAAUAUGAUGCUCCUCUGCAAAGGAGACCAGCGCAGCAACUGCACAUACAUGACUUAUCAAGGAAGAUUCACGCUGCAUAAUGAUAAUGAGACCUUUUUUUCUGUGGUGAUCACAAAACUUGAAGCAGAGGAUUCUGGGACAUACUGGUGCAGAUCAGACUCUGAGUGGAGUGUUGGAAACUACACCCAGUUUCAUCUGACUGUGGAGGAAGCAGAACAGCGCGGUGUGUCAGAGGAGUUCAUAAUAGAAGCUGCAUACUGGCUUUUCGCUGCUCUUCCUGUUCUGCUGCUGAUACUGAUAAUCAUCCUGGUCAAAGUUUGCAAGACCAAACGUCGCCAGUUGAAAGCAGCAGUCGACAUGAACACAAUCAAACUGGAGGCAGUAGAUGCACAAGACGUGACGAGUGAGGAAGACCUUUAUGAAAAUCCUGAUGAUCCUCCAGUGCGCUCACAGCGGAGGGCCUGCAAAGAGCAGAGAUCUGUUCACAUCUGUGAGGACUAUGAAGAUGAAGCUCAAUAUGGAAACAUUUCAACAACUGAGGACAUUUACUGCAAUGAGUUCUUUUCAAAGACUCAGAGAUAAAGAGUGAGCCAAAUGUUGGGUCUGACCUGUAUGUGGAUAACUGUAUUUGUGUGAGGCUGAAGCUUUUCCUUGAGUUCCUAAAAGUCUUUAUUCAUGUGACAUCAUCAUCAUCUUAGUGCUGCUGGUAGUGACAACUUUCAUGAGCUUUAAAAUUCUGCUUUUUCUUUACUUCAUACUAAUAAAACUGCAGUUUUGUAA